AUGGCUACCUCUUUCAACAACACAUCUAACCAGGAUGAUGUGACAAAAACAUCUAAGCAUGAUUACGAGGACAAUGUGAUGGGAUCAGAUGGCGAGAAAUUGGGGGAAGUAAAUGAGACGGAACGACAGAUUGAAGAGCAUGGAAUCAAGAAAUUCAGCCGCUUAGGUUGGAAGCGACUCACUAUUGUGCUCAUUGCUGAAGCGGUCGCUUUGGGUACUCUCUCGAUUCCCUCGACGUUUGCCACCCUCGGUAUGGUCGCUGGUGUCAUUAUGUGCGUUGGAGUCGGACUCCUCGCCAUCUACACGAGUUACAUCGUCGGUCGUGUGAAAGUGUUAAAUCCUCACAUCACCAAUUUCCCCGAUGCCGCCUACCUCAUGUUCAGCAAACUCGGCUGCGGGCGCUUUGGCUACGAGCUGGUUACUGUCAUGCUGGGUCUCUUGCUGGUCUUCCUAGGAGCAUCGCACUGUCUCACGGGCACAAUCGCCUUUGAGACCAUCACCGAAAGCAAUACAUGCUCGAUUGUGUUUGCUGUUGUUUCCGCUAUCAUUCUUUUCCUUCUGGCUAUCCCACCUAGCUUCACUGAGGUCGCGAUUCUCGGUUACGUCGACUUUGCUUCAAUCCUGAUCGCAGUCGGAAUCACUAUCAUCGGCACGGGUGUCGAAUCAACAAGAUCUGACCACGGUCUCAGCAACGUCAACUGGUCUGCCUGGCCCAAGGAGAAUAUCACCUUUUCCGAGGCGUUCAUCGCUGGCACGAAUAUCGUCUUCGCUUACACUAUCACACUCUGCCAAAUCUCGUUUAUGGACGAGAUGCAUACCCCCACCGAUUAUAUGAAAUCCAUCUGGACAUUAGGAUCUAUUGAGAUCGUUGUGUACACCUUGACCGGUGCAUUGGUGUACGCUUUUGUCGGUCAAGAUGUUCAAAGUCCAGCGCUCUUGUCUGCAGGCCACUUCUUGAGUCGUCUGGUCUUCGGAAUUGCCCUACCCGUCAUCUUCAUCAGCGGUUCGAUCAACAUCGUUGUGUUUGGGCGUAUGGUCCACGGGCGUAUUUUCAAGAACUCAUACAUCCGUUUCAUUAAUACACCCGCCGGCUGGAUCACAUGGUUGGCAAUCAUCCUCGUUACCGUGAUCGUUGCCUUCAUCAUUGCCGAGGUCAUCCCAUUCUUCAAUGACCUGCUGUCGAUCAUGUGUGCCCUCUUUGUCUCUGGCUUCACUUUCUACUUCCCCGCCAUGAUGUGGUUCUUGCUGUUGCGAGAGGGAAAGAUCACCACGCCAAAGAACAUUGCUUUGGCAAUCCUGAACGGUUUCAUCUUUUUGCUCGGUAUUCUGAUCCUGGUGGCUGGUACCUAUACCUCCGUUCAAGACAUUGUGAGUGCAAUCGCGACUUUCCUCAUCACCUUCAACAGUCUGCUAACAGAUAAUCUCAGAUCGACCAAUAUCGCUCUGGAACAGUUUCAGGUGUUUUUUCUUGCAGUUCAUAAUAAUACCCCCACAACCAUUGCAUCUCGGAGCACGGUCUCGCAUUACAUCCGGUGA